AUGGCUGGUAUUUUGUGCUCAGUUCAGAGGCCAUUAGGCAGUCUACAGACUGUGACAAAAGGUGUGGAGCCUCUCAUUUGUACGGAUUGGAUUCGUCACAAAUUUACCAGAUCAAGAAUUCCAGACAAAGUGUUUCAGCCUUCACCUGCAGAUCAUGAAAAAUAUGGUGGGGAUCCACAAAACCCUCAUAAACUGCAUAUUGUCACCAGGAUCAAAAGUACAAAAAGACGUCCAUAUUGGGAAAAAGAUGUAAUAAAGAUGCUUGGAUUAGAAAAAGCACAUACUCCUCAAGUUCACAAGAAUAUCCCUUCAGUGAAUGCAAAACUGAAGGUGGUUAAACAUUUGAUAAGAAUCCAGCCACUGAAGUUGCCACAAGGCCUUCCGACAGAGGAAGACAUGUCUGACACAUGCCUCAAGAGCACUGGGGAGCUAGUAGUGCACUGGAAUCUAAAACCUGUAGAGCAGGAAGGAGCCAAGUCCUGA